AUGGAUGAUAAAUUGUUUGGUCGAAUGGAUGGUAAAUUGUUUGGUCGAAUGGAUGGUAAAUUGUUUGGUCGAAUGAAUGAUGGAUUGACAGGUACUAAUGACUUGUUUGGAGACAGUGCUAAUGACUUGUGUGGAGACGAUACUAAUACCUUGUGUCGAGACACUACUACUGACUUGUUUGGAGACAAUACUAAUGACUCGUGUGGAGACAGUACAAAUGACUUGUUUGGAGACAAUACUAAUGACUUGUGUAGAGACAGUACUAAUGACUUGUUUGGAGACAAUACUAAUGACUUGUUUGGAGACAGUACUAAUGACUUGUUUGGAGACAGUACUAAUGACUUGUUUGGAGACAGUACUAAUGACUUGUGUGCGGACAGCACUAAUGACUUGUUUGGAGACAGUAAACAUGAUUUGUUUGGAGAGAGCACUAAUGACUUGUUUGGAGACAGUAAACAUGACUUGUUUGGAGACAGUAAACAUGACUUGUUUGGAGACAGCACUAAUGACUUGUGUGGAGACAGCACUAAUGACUUAUUUGGGGACACUACUAAUGGCUUGUGUGGAGACAGUACUACUGACUUGCUUGGAGACAGUGCUAAUGAUUUGUUUAGAGACAGUACUUAUGACUUGUUUGGAGACAGUACUAAUGACUCAUUUGGAGAUAGAACUAAUGACUUGUGUGGAGACAAUACUAAUGGCUUGUGUGGAGACAGUACUAGUGACUAUACUAAUGACUUGUUUGGAGACAGUACUAAUGACUUCUUUGGAAACAACACUAAUGACCUGUGUAGAGACAGUUCUAAUGGCUUGUGUGGGUACAGUACUAAUGACUUGUUUAGAGACAGCACUAACGACUUGUGUGGCGACAGUAAACAUGACUUGUUUGGAGACAGUACUAAUGACUUGUUUGGAGACAGUACUAAUGACUCAUUUGGAGACAGCACAAAUGACUUGUUUGGAGACAGCACUAAUGACUUGUUUGGGGAGAGCACAAAUGACUUGUUUGCAGACAGCACUAAUGACUUGUUUGGAGACAGUACUAAUGACUUGUUUGGAGACAAUACUAAUGACUUGUUUGGAGACAGUACUAAUGACUUGUUUGCAGACAGUAAUAAUGACUUAUUUGGAGACAGUAAACAUGACUUGUUUGGAAACAGUACUAUUGACUUGUGUGAAGACAGUAUUAAUGAGUUGUUUGGAGACAAUACUAAUGACUUGUGUAGAGACAGCACUAUUGGCUUGUGUGGAGACAAUACAAAUGACUUGUUUGGAGACAGUGCAAAUGACUUGUUUGGAGACAGUACUAAUGAUGUCUUAUAUGAUGGCGGUAAAAAUAAGUACAACACAACAGGUGUGCCUUAUCUGACACAGGAAUAG